AUGGCCACAUUGAGGCACUUCCCGCUCCACCAGAUCGUCGCCCAAGACAGCGAGGAAUCCCCAUUCCGCCGUGACUCCGUCCUGUCCGUGCUCGUCAACGCGCUGUGGGUCGAGGAUACGCCGGAAGAUUUGAAGCGCGGUCAGGACUGCGCCCACAUGCAGGAUCCCGCGUACGCCGGCCACUUCGAGGGGUUGACGGAGCCUGGGGCGAGGAAGCGACUGGAACAGCUGGAAGAGGACUACUAGCCCUGGCGCAGCAACCGGCUCUUGAGAUAGUUUUGCAAGAUAGGCUUUCUCCCAGUCGUCCCUUUGGAACCUCCAUGGGCCGUCCAAGGCUUGUCCGCGAUCGUUCGCGGCUCUUUGUUCCCGUGCGGGACUACGUGGUGUCUCGUGUGGAUGCGAGUACACUUCUGU